ACUGCUUUUCAUCUCGCGUUUUAGCAGCCGCUGGCAGCAGCGCAAGAGGCGUUUAGCCGCGUAAACGCGAGUUGGAGACGGUCGUGGUGGGCCCAGUGCACUUGGAGUCGGAGUCUGUUCGCUAUUUAAGCGUGUCCUCGGGCAACUUCGAGUAGUUGCGUCGCUGAUCCGUCAUUCGGAACAGCUUAUGCUGCUUCUCGAUCGUGCCUUUACAGCCUUAGCGUGGCGGCCGCUGCACCCGAGUCGUUGGCAUUAACAGGGCGAUGCGAAGCCGUCUCCUCGCCACCAUGUGCCCCUCGUGCAUUUCGUGACGCGCUGCUCUCCGCCAUUCCUCACUUUCUUCCCCACAUCCCCUACGCGCUGUCCGCACCACACCACACGCGCACUCCACAUGGCGGCCGCCGCGUUAACCCCAUCCACGUCGUUACUCCGGCGUGACACCGUCUGCGCCCUCGUGUCCCCAGAGCUCUGUAUCCCCGCCGUCGCUGGUAACCAGACCAACCUCCUGUCGCGCGACCCCCAACUGCGAUUUCGCUUCAGAACGUCGCCCAACAAGUGUCGCCUACGUGUGUCGCAUCGAUCGCGCAUAACGCGGCAUGACCGGAGAGGCCAUGGCCCGACACGGCUCAUCGUGGCACAAUUUGCAUCAAGUGGCAGCGGAGGGACAGGCGGCGUGGAGUGGAACGCGGUUUCGAGGAACGUUCUCAUCGGCACGAGUCCGCGCGACCAGGCGCAGCUAGAGGCGCUCGCCACGCGGGCCGGGGUGAACGCCGUGCUGUGCCUCGAGGAGGGCGCGGGGCGGCAGGCGGAGUGGGCGGGGGUGGCGGAGCGCGCGCAGGAGAUGGGGAUGGUGGCCGUGAGGCUGCCGCUGGCGGACGCCAACCACGACGAGCAGGCCAUGGCUCUGCCUCGAGCGAUCUCGGCCGUUGAUCUGCUGCUGUCCCGUGGCUACACGGUGCACGUGUGCUGCUCCACCGGCAACGACAAGGCGCCUCUCGUCGCCCUCGGCUACCUGACGCUGGUGCACGGCCAGUCGCUGGACGCGGCUCUCGCGGCGCUCAAGGCCGCGCGCCCCUCCAUCAAGCCCUACCUGCUGCCCUGGGAAAAGCUGCGCGACAGCCUGUCAGCGGGCGACAGCAAGCGCGUGCUGCAGCUGACGCAGGAGGAGUUCAGGCGGCGCCUGGCGGGCAAGGAGCCGGGCACGCACGCCCACGACUGGCAGGUCGCGUUGGGGCGGGUGGCUUCCGACCGCUUCAGAGAGCGGCUCGCCGCCGACAACGCGCUCGUGCAGCAGCUGUGCCAGGCAGCAGCAGAGGCAGCAGGAGGGACGAGAGGAGGAGGUGGUGGUGGGAGUGGCGAUGAAGUCAAGUCGCUCAAGACGCUACUGCAGGGGGCCAACACGCGGGCAGCCACGGCGGACGCGGCAGCAGCGGCGGCGAGGGACCGCAUCGACUUCUUCUUCCGCCAGGUCACGUCGCUCAAGGCGCGCGAGGAGGCGGCGCGCAAGCAGGCGCGCGUGGCGGAGCGGCGCGUGGAGGGGCUGCUGCGCGAGCUGGAGGAGCAGCGCCGCCACGUGGCGGAGGAGGCGGAGCGCCGCGCCGAGGAGCGGCGCCAGGAGGUGCAAGACGGGCGCGUGCAGGCGCUCACCGCCGCAGAGGCGGGCGAGCUGGUGGGCCGCGUGGUGGAGCUGGAGGGGCUGCUGAGCCAGACGCGGGCGGCGCUGCAGGCGGCGACGGACCGCAACGACUUCUUCCUGCGCCAGCUCAGUGCCAUCCGCGACAGCGAGAAGAAAUCUCGGGCCUCGGCCCGCGCGGCGGACCGGCGGUACUUUGCCAUCCUGCGGCGUGUGGAGGAGCUGGGGCGCAAGGAAGCUUCCGCGAAGCAGGUGGCAGAGGAGGCGCAGCGGCGGUACGAGAGCAUGGCGACGGAGCUGCAGGGGCUGGGGUCGGUGGGCGACAUCAAGGAGCGGCUGGAGGAGCUCAACGCCAAGGUGGCGGACCUCAAGCGCAAGGAGGCGCAGGCGGAGGCCGCCACACGCGCAGCCCUGGAGCGUGUGGCCGUGCUGUCGGAGCAGCUGGACGAAGCAGCGGCGCGUGAGGCGGACAUCCGCGCCAGCGAGAGAAGUGCGCGCGAGCGGGCGGACUCCCUGGAGGUGCGCGUGGAGGCGCUGGUGAGCGACCUGCAGGCGGCCAAGGAGGCGGCGGCCACGGCGGAGCGAUCGGUGGGGGAGAUAUCGGAGGAGGUGGCUAAGCUGAGGGAGCGCGAGGCGGCGGCGGACGAGGCGAUCCGGCGGUACGAGGCGGUGAGCGGGCAGAUGAGCGCACUGCAGGCCAAGGACGCCAACACACGGCAGGAGAUCGACGCGGCGAACCGGCGCAUCGGGCUGCUGUCGGAGCAGAUCGUGCGGCUGACAAAGCGCGAGACGGAGCUGCAGGAGGCGCUGGCGACGGCCAACGACCACAUCUCGUUCCUCUCCACGCGCGUGUCGGAGCUGAUCGAGCGCGAGGAGGAGGCCAAGGCGCAGGCAGAGCGCGCCGACGCACGUGUGGCGGAGAUGCACAGCGAGGUGGCGGCGGUGCAGCAGCGCGAGGCCGUGGCGCUGCGCGAAGCGGAGGCGGCCAGCCGCAAGCUGGCGCUGGUGGAGGAGAGCGAGGCGGCGGCGGUGGAGGCGGCGAUGCGGGCCAACGCGCGCGUGGAGGAGCUGUUCCGCCAGGUGGAGGACGUGGAGCAGCGGGAGGCCGCCGCUAAGGCGGCUGCCAAGGCGGCAUAUGAAAGGCUGGCGGAGAUGAGCGAGCGGCUGGCCGCCGCUGAGGAGAGGAGCCAGGUGGCAGCGCAGGCGCUGGAGCGAAGCAGAGAGAUGCAGGCGCAGGGCGGAGGGGACAGUGCGGCGCCGUGGGAUGCAGCUGUGGUGUUUGACUCGCGCACUGCUGACCCCGUUCCUGUGCGCUCAUCCCCCUCCUCGUCCUCGUCUGUCAACGGCACAGCCCUCCCCCCCUCCUCCUUCAUCGCGCAACAACUCUCCUCCUCCUCCUCCUCCUCCGCGCCCCCCUCCGUCCCGCAAUCGCCGCAAGAGCGCGAGGAGCAGCGGCGGGUGGAGGAGGAGGUGGAGGAGACGCGGAGGGCGCUGGGCGCGACGGUGGACGAGUGCGUGGGGCUGUUCCUGGGGCAGGUGGCGGCGCUCAGGGAGCGCGAGCAGGCGUCCAAGCAGGCGCUGGGGGCGGCCAACCAGCGCAUCGAGGAGCUCAGCACGCAGGUCGCGCUGCUCGCCAACCGCGAGGACGCUGCCAACGCCGAGGCCGAGGCGUUCGCUGGCCAGGUGACCGGCCUGGUGAUGCGCAUCGCAGAUCUGAACGAGGAGCUGGAGGCUGCAGAGAGGCGUGAGGCCGAGCUCGCUGACGCCCUCACUGCCGGGGGGUCGGGAGGCGGGCUGCCGGGACUGCUCAAGCAGGACCCGCAGAAGCUGAUAGCUGAGCUGGAGGCGGCGCGGCGGCGUGCGGAUGAGCUGGCAGCGGAGGUGGAGGAGGCGCGGCGCACAGCGGAGGACAUCAGCGAGAGCAUCUUCAACGCGCGCAAGAAGUCCCUGCAGGAGCAGCAGCAACGGGAGGAGCUGGUGGCGGAGGUGCUGUCGCUCAAGGAGGCGAUGGAGGCGAUGCGGGAGAGGGACGAGGCCAUCGCCGUGUGGAAGCAGCAGCUGGCGGAGCAGGCAGAGUACCUCGACUCGCUCAUGGCGGAGGGACAGGUGGACCAAUCACAGAGGGACAUGUUGCGGGCUGCAGUGAGGGAGAUUCAGUUAGGAUCUGGUGACCAGGCAUUCUCUGCUGUGUGAUACUAGGCAUGGCUAUCCCCACCCCAGCCCCCGUAUGGUUCUCUGCAAGGGGAAUGUUCGCCCUUCGUUAUCAUGGGUGUACUUUGCCCUAGGCUCGUGGCAUGUGAAUUGAGUUAUUCUUGCUCACCCUUAAUGGCCAAUGUUGAGUUGAGUGUACCUGAAUAUUGCAAAAAUGUUUCUG